UGGACAGACCCUUACUCGAUUCUCCCUAAUUGAUACACACUUGUAGUAGGAACCAUGUUUCAAUCAACUGCUGGUAUGUUGUUUUAAGGCCAGCUGCAGCAGAGACUUGUGUUAAAUGACCUACACACAUGAAAAUAACACGCCAGGAAAACAAAUGAGAGGAAAUCAAAAUCAGGAAACUACAAAGUCAAAAAAAUAAAAUGUAUUAAGGAUUAGAAAUCUGUGAACUAUUAGGACAUCGCAAGCAGUCGUGUACGUCCUGCAGCAUGAGGGCAUUAAGUAUGUAGACGUUGGUGAGCAAAAGAGCCCCCAGCCUGGGGUGCAGUGUUACCUGCUGCUAGAGUUACCUGCUCGGAGAGCCAGACCUCGCUGCUGCAGAGCGGACACAGAGCACCUUUGGUCAUUAAAUGGUUCACUUCUUUGGGUCCCGACCAUGCAGAUCUCUCUGUGCCGGUUGCGUGGCCACCAGUGGUGCUUCCUGCUCUUCAACGUGCUCCUGUUCCACGCCCUCCUGUUCGGGGCCGACCUGGUGGAGGAGUACCUGCUGCAGCCCACCCCCGGGGUGUACACCGACGCCCUGGUCCUCGAUGUGAGGGAGAGGGCCCGGAAGCUGGACAUGGAUCCCGCCCGGGACAACGUCUCCCAGGCCUACCCCAUCCCCAACCCCCGCGCCUGCCUCAACGCUGACCUCUUCCUCCUGGCGCUGGUCUUAAGCUCGCCGGCCAACAGCAGCCAGCGGGACGCAGUGCGCCGCUCCUGGGCCAAUCAGACCCGGGUCCAAGGCUUCCCCCUGCGGACCCUCUUCUUCGUGGGCUCCACCCAGACGGCGGCGGCGCAGGAGGCCGUGGUGAGGGAGUCGGAGCGGCACGGCGACCUGGUGCAGGGUAACGCGGUGGCUGACUCCUCUCCUCACGGGCCCAAGGAGGAGACGGUGCUGGUCCUGCGCUGGGUGGUUGCCUUCUGCCCCGGGGCCCGCUUCGUGCUGCUCACCAGGGAUUCUGUGUUUGUCAACCUGCUGGCCCUCGGGGGCUACCUGCUGGGGCUGCACCGGCACCCCGAGGACCUGUACCUGGGCCGGGUGAUCCAGAUGGAGGCCCCCAACCGGGACCCGGCGCGGCCCGGCUACCUUCCCGCCUCCCUGUACCCGGACAGGUACCUGCCCGACUACUGCGCCGGGGCGGCGUACGUCCUGUCCCAGGACGUGGUGCGCAAGGCCUACGUGGCGUCCGAGUCAAUCCGCGCGCCGGUACCCGCGGACGUGUACGUGGGUCUGUGCGCCCGGAAGGCCGGCGUGGUUCCCUCGCACAGCGCCCGGUUCUCCGGGGACAAGCAUAUCCGCUACAACCCUUGCUGCUACCGCUACCAGUUCAGCUCGGCGGGGAUGGACGGCGAGGAGCUGGCGGCGGUGUGGGCCGACCUGGGGCCCGCCGACGCCGGCUGCAGCCUCAUGAAGACCUACUACGGCCUCGUGGCGUGCAAGGUGCUCACCUACCUGGACAAGCUGUCCUUCUUCAGCUCCCAGGGAAACACUGACCCGGGGCCCGUCGCUGGGCAAUAGGUGUCUUGUGUGUGUGUGUGUGUGUGUGUGUGUGUGUGUGUGUGUGUGUGUG